AUGACAUUCUCCAUCAUUUCCAACCGAGCCGAAAAAGCCCGCACUAUGCCCACUGGCAGAGAACUGGCGCUUGGUGAUUUUGCAGAGCAAUUCUAUGGCGUUGUCGAGAUUCCGGACAGCAUGGACGAUGAAGUCAAAGUUUUCUUUCGAGCCUUUUUCAACUGGUUUCGCCUUGUGCAUCUGGUUGGGAGCGGACAUGGAUAUCUCCUUGACAAGACCCAACGACAAGCCUAUCACAUGCUGCUAGACUGGUGGUCUGGCACCUACUGUGACCCCAAGACUUGCAUCUAUUUCCUCUUUUCCAAAUUGGCACCGAUCCUAUUCAGGAUUAAUUUCUUGAAUGAUAAUAUGCGGCUUCAUUGGUCGUAUCAUGAGAAAGAUGGCGACGUAACCUACAAGGAGCUUGUGAAAGCCAAUCUCUGCGUUGAGCUUUCGAAAGAAGAGAAAUUCUCCCAUCCUGCCGUCGGACAAUUAGAGAAAUGCGUCUCCUCUUUCCUCGAAUUUCUGAACCAUCGCUAUGAUACAGUCACGAGAACCGUCAUGGAUCUGAAAGGGGAACAGUUUGCAGAAGAGAGCAUGCCUGCUGACGAGAUGUCUGAUUAUAACUGGACAAUGUGGCGAAUUUUUGUAUCACAAUUCUGCGGCAUCAAGGCCGGAGAGCCCCCACGAGAGUGGCAUAUCUCGGCUGGACAGCGAUAUUAUCGCGACACUGAGUUUUUGGUGCUGCGAAAUCGCGAGCGGGGACGACAUACACGCAUCGAAGAGCGCGAAAACGAAAGCCCGUCUGAAGAUGGGGUGGGAAGGACUUAUCUUCUUAGGCCCCCAGAAUCUGACCGACUGGUGCCCAAAACCUCGGCAGAUUUCAUGGAGAUCUGUCUGUCAGAAGCGACAAACUUUGAGUGGCCCGAGAUCCAGGGGCGAAACUUGCUCGCUUCCAACAUCAUCCCACAUGUGGAUAACGGACUUGAAAUCUAUCGCAACUACCCCCAGUAUCUUUGGAAUCGUAUGGGCGAGACGUUGGAAAAGACGUCAGCCCUUGUUCGCGGGGGGCCUCCGCCAAACUACACGGCCAUCAGCCAUCUCGGGCGUCGCCAAGAAGGUGGCCAGAGCCACUGCAUUCCAAAGGGCUGGAAAUACCCCGUGCCGUCCGUUGACAAGUUCAAGGUUGGGGAGCUGGUGAGGGACUUGCAACAGCUUCAGGGUGUCAUCGAGACAGACUAUGUGUGGAUAGACCUCCUGUGUCUGCCGCAGUGCGAGGAAGACGACGAGCAGGACAGUGAUGGGCAGGAUUUCCAGCUGAAGCUGCUGGAGCUUUCGCGACAGACAGUCAUUUUCCACAACGCGGUGAGCGUGGUCAAAUGGCCUCACGAGUCGUUGGACCUAUCCAGCCUGAUGGGGAAAAUCAUGGUGCGUACUAAUAGUACCUAG